UAAAUUGUGGCACACCUCUCAUCUCCAUUUCCAUCUCCGCCAAGCCACUUGCCAAAGGUAGGAAGUGUUCUCACACAGCUGCGAUGUGUUAUAAAACUAAAAUUUCUCUGCUUCGACGUGCGAGUGACGCCACUAACAAGUGACAACAUAUACGUAUAUAUUUAGCAAACGCCGUCAACAUAGCUUUGUCAACUAUUCAAUUGUAUGCGUGCAGUUCGAGCAGCCUAGCUUCUUCUGCUACAGAAAAUGGAUAUUUCCUCAUCACCACCAAUUGUAGGAGGAGGAGAAGAAGAAGAAGAAGCUAUGCUAUUGCUGGAGACUGAAACUCCAACUCAUUCUAACGAUGUCGUUCCAGAUUCCGUUGACUUCUACGGCCGUCCGGUCCUCCGAUCAAAUUCCGGUCGAUGGCGAUCCGCUUCUCUCAUCAUAUGCGUGGAAAUAGCGGAGAGGUUUGCAUAUUAUGGAAUAAAUUCUAACCUAAUUAAUUACCUGACUGGGCCACUGGGUCAGUCCACUGCGGCAGCUGCCGAGAAUGUGAAUGCGUGGUCCGGAACAGCGUCGCUCACUCCCCUUUUGGGUGCUUUGGUGGCUGACUCCUUCCUCGGUCGUUAUCGCACAAUUGUGUUUGCUUCUCUGUUUUACAUUCUGGGACUCGGACUAUUGACGCUUUCGGCUGUCUUCCCCUUCUUCAGCUCUUCUAACUGCCAAACUACUGAUAAUGCUGAUGCAUGUUCUCCUCCUCGACUCCAAGUUGUAUUAUUCUUUUUCUCUUUGUAUCUGGUCGCAGUAGCUCAGGGAGGACACAAGCCUUGUGUUCAGGCUUUUGGGGCUGACCAAUUUGAUCCACUAGAUCCCAUAGAAUGCAAAGCCAGAAGCUCAUUUUUCAACUGGUGGUACUUUGGCAUGUGUGGAGGUAAUAUUGUGACCAUCUCGGUUCUGAACUACAUUCAGGACAACUUUAAUUGGGGUCUUGGGUUUGGCAUUCCUUGUGUUGUCAUGUGCCUUGCACUUGUCAUUUUUUGGUUUGGUACAUUAACUUAUCGGUUUAGCAGCAGAUGUGAUAAAAUAAGCCCAUUUGUGAGAAUUGGCAUGGUUUUCAACAAAGCAGUGAGAAAUUGGCUUGCGACAUCUGUAGUGACAUCAAUAGAAGAAACAAGAGUGCAGUGUCAUCAAGAUUCCCAGGAAAACAGGUUUCUGAACAAAGCUUUGCUUGCACCUGAUGAUCAUUCGGCUGAAGAUGGCCAAAUUUCCAAAAUCAAUGAUGUUGAAGCAGCAAAGGGACUUCUCAGGCUGGUUCCUAUAUGGGCGUCGUGUUUGAUAUAUGCGAUCGUAUUUGCUCAAGCAUUCACCUUAUUUACAAAGCAAGCAGUCACAAUGGACAGAUCAAUUACGCCAUCUUUCAGGAUACCAUCUGCUGCCCUUCAGUCCUUUAUCAAUGUUUCUAUUGUCAUUUUCAUUCCAAUCUACGAGCAGAUCCUAGUACCUAUUGCGAGAACGAUUACUGGAACUCCAUCUGGUAUUACAAAACUCCAAAGAGUCGGAACUGGGAUCUUUUUGUCUGUUCUUACUAUGGCAAUUGCAGCACUGGUGGAGAAGAAGCGCCUCGAAAUUGCACGAGAAUAUGGAUCGGCUGAUGUACCAAAUGCAACAGUUCCAAUGACUAUCUGGUGGUUAGUUCCGCAGUAUCUUUUAAUUGGAAUUUCUGAUGCAUUCACUAUGGUUGGUCUUCAAGAAUUCUUCUAUGAUCAAGUGCCUAGAGAAUUCAGAAGCAUAGGUCUCUCUCUUUACCUUAGUAUCUUUGGUGUGGGGAGCUUUCUAAGUAGCUUCCUCAUCUUUGUCGUUGAGAAAACAACAGGUGGUAAAGGCGAAGAUGGUUGGAUUUCAGACAACUUGAACAAAGGACAUCUAGAUUACUUUUAUUGGCUACUUUGUGGAGUAAGUGCUCUUGGAUUUAUGACAUAUUUGUAUUUUACACGGCGUUAUGUUUACGCUCAUUGUGGAAAGGUCAUCUGAAAUUGUUUAAACUGAGGUUUUUAUGUUCUUUGAAUUUACCAAUGAAAAGAUAAAACACAAGUCUUGACAAGCA